AUGAAAACCUUGGUGAUCUUCGCUGCUCUCUUUGGAACUCUGCUCGCUACUGAUAACGUGAAUGUAAACAAUGAGGAUAAUGCUGGUGGAAACACGCAUCAGACUGUGAACAUCAACAACCAUGACCAAGUGGCCAAUGUAAACAAUCUGAACGGCUGGAACUCCUGGGACUCUGUCUGUGACUAUGGCAGAGGCAUAUUUGCAACACGACUUUAUGGAAAGAAGAUGUGUGUGGUGACAAAAAUUGAUAAGACUGUCUUCCCCAGCCUGGAUGUCCUCAGCAAAGUGUCCCAGCAGAAACCUGUCAUGACCACAACACAAUUCAAGAUCAAUCCCAACAAAGUUCCCAUUGCUAAUAUUGGCAUAUAUGGAGUCCAUGUUGAAGCCCUGUGUCGUGGAAUCCCAUCCUACUCUACUGAUGUAAUCCAAGUGGAUGAAUAUUACAAAUGUGACAUCAACAGCAUCAUCACCAUCGGAGGCAUCAGUUUCUGCUUUUAAUCCAUCUCUACUUCUUCCCAAAUUUGUUGUUCAGAU